UAAUCAGUGAACGACACCGUCCUGGUCCGGUGGUUCAUAUCACUCCAUUGACCAUACCGGAGGAACCUACGGCAACCGAGACGCGGUUUCCUUAUCCUUUGAGUGGAAUCUCGGUGAGUUCUGAUGGUAAUGCCAAUGGCGGUGAUUAUUCUCCUUAUUAUCUUCAGGAAGCUUUAGCGGCACUUCAGAGGUAUACGAAUGAGUCGGAGAUCGAGUCUGAUUCGGAGUUGUCUGGACGGGAAGCGGACGUUCCGUUGAAUGCUUACUCGUGCGAUCAUUUUCGGAUUUUUGAGUUCAAGGUGAGGAAGUGUACUCGUGGACGUUCUCAUGAUUGGACGGAGUGUCCGUACGCUCAUCCCGGCGAGAAGGCUCGCCGGAGAGAUCCGAGGAAAUAUCAUUAUUCUGGUACGGCGUGUCCUGAUUUUCGUAAAGGUAGCUGUAAGAAAGGAGAUUCAUGCGAGUUUGCGCAUGGUGUUUUUGAGUGUUGGCUUCAUCCUGCUCGUUACAGGACUCAGCCGUGUAAAGAUGGAACCAACUGUAGAAGGAGAGUCUGUUUCUUCGCUCAUACUCCUGAACAACUUAGGGUUUUGCCUCAGCAGAGUCCGAGAAGCGCGAAUUCGCCUGAGUCGUAUGAUGAAUCUCCUCUUCGGCAGUCUGUGGAUGGACCCUGUUCUAAAUCGAUGCCGUUUAUGUCCUCUCCUGUUUCUGUUUCGCCGACAGCGACUCCGGUGGACUCCCCACCGUUAUCCCCCAUGACUCGUUCGCUCGGCCGGUCACUUGGCUCGAGUUCCAUCAAUGAAAUGGUCGCAUCCCUCCGGAACUUGCAUCUGAGCAAGGUCAAAUCGUUACCAUCUUCCUGGAAUGUUCAAAUUGGCUCUCCUGGUUAUCCAUCUCGAGUCUGCCAUGGAUUUUGUAGCCUUCCCACAACUCCAACUCGGGCUCCGACUGGUCAUGGAGUUGGACUGCUUGAUUUCUCAGAGUAUGGAUUCGAGGAGGAACCGGUGAUGGAGCGAGUCGAAUCGGGGAGGGAGCUGAGGGCAAAGAUGCUGGAGAAGCUGAGCAAGGAAAAUUCGCUGGACUGGGCUGAGUCAAAUCCUUCAACCUGCACACCAGAUGUUGAAUGGGUAUCAGAGCUAGUGAAGUGAGUAUUGAAAUUGAACUUUUUGGUGGUUCUUCAAAUGGGUUUUUUUCAUCUCUAAUCAUUAUUCGAUUCUGAUUUUAAGGAAACAAAAAAUUAGCCUAAGCCUAAGCCUGAGCCAAAUCUUUUUGUUUGAUAUGUAAAUACACAAAAUGGGGAGGCAACUAAAACUGGGAAGACAAUAGGAUCUUAAUUUUUACUUGUGCAAGCCUUAAAUAUGUGUAUAUAAGGGCAGCUCUGUUUUUAGAAUUUUGAGAUGGGUUGAUAAGAAUUUUGAUGGAGAAAUGAAAAUUCCAUCUAACUCUCAAUGUAUAGGUAGUAGCUUUAGUGAACUAGAUAUGAUGAUCCACAGGAUCAUGGGGAUAUGAUAGUUUUCUACUUUUUGAUCAUUUACUUUCUGAUCAUUGUGAUUAUAUAUUGUAAGUUAAUGUUUGUGUUGUUAAUGCAAAUUAUAUGGAUGAACUUGAUUUAAA